UCUUAUUAUUUUAGUAAUUCUACGUAGAAAAAAAUCUUUUUUAAUGAUGUUCAUUUUUAAAGUGCCAUCAGGAAAAAAAAGUUUGAUAGAUUUUACAAAACCAAGAAAAUGAUCUCUGUCAAAAAAGUUUCACAUUCAAUGACAAAUCGACGAAUUUUUCGAACGCUUUCUCGAGAUAAUUGCGGUGAAUCAAUGGAACCUGAAGACACUGAACAGAUAUUCUUUGGCUUUAAGCAAGAUAACCACGAUUUAAAAGAAAUGGUGGUUGCGUGCGCCAGCUUAAAGUUAGCAAGUAAAGAUUGCCUCGAUACUACCGUUGGUAAUUUUCAGCACGUUGUCACUUUUAUCUUUGUGCACCGGGAUUAUAAAAGACAAGGGAUCGGUAAGUUUUUGCUGAGUUACCUGGAGGUUGAAGCGUUUAACUUUUUACCUCGGCCUAUUAGAGUCGAGUCGGCACGCAAAGCCGUGGGUUUUUUUUCAAAAAGUGGUUACAUUCAAGUUGGUGAACCUAAAGAAACGUGUGCCGGAAGUGAUUUGUUUCGAUUUUUAUACACUAUGGAAAAAAACUGUCCUUUUUUAAUAGAAGAAGAACUCUGGGAUACUUGACUUCACUUAAUGUUUGAAUGUUAAAAAUGAAUUAGAUUAAUACAUUUUCCAAAGACAAUAAGUACCAGAAAUUGUCCCAUAUUAACUUUGUAAAUAUGAAAUUUUAUUGUAAGUUAUAAUCUUCCCUUUGUA